AAUAUAAAGAAGAAUGAUUUCUUCUUCUUCUUCUGGGGUGACUAAAAGAAAGGGAAUAAUUCUUUUCUGGUCAUUUUUAGCUACUAAAGUCGUGUAAUUAGCCGUCUUUUGGCAGAUACUAACAGACAUGUACCGCUGCAUGACAAGGAGUGUGUGCAGUGGAGGAAGAGUGUGUUCUGCCUUUGUGCCUCCUUACACCCAGUCACCAUCAUGGAUGUUGAGAAACACAGCAGAGGAGAGACAUCACAGUUUAGCUGAGCAGCAUUGGAAGUGUUCAGUCCGCUGUGUGAGCUCUGCAGCUAGGAAGAGGAGAUCUCUGCGUAGUGCAUUUCCAGUGCUGGAGCAGCCCCUCCAGCCCAUCCACCAACACGUGUAUGAGGCUAACCUCAGAAACAGCAAUGCCUGUCAUAAGAAGUUCAUAGAGUUGAGAGAGAAGGUGAGGAAAGGGGGAGGGGAGAAUGCCAUCGCCAGACACACACAGAGAAACAGGAAGUUGCUGGUCAGGGAUCGUCUGCGCCUCCUGCUGGAUGAUGAGGACUUUCUGGAGCUGUCACCAUUUGCGGGUCUGGGUCUGCCGUACGGGGACAUCCCUUCAGCUGGCUGCCUGACAGGUAUUGGCAGGAUCAAUGGUCUGUGGUGUGUGUUCAUUGCCAACGAUGCAACAGUGAAAGGUGGCACAGCGUAUCCAAUCACAGUGAAGAAGCAACUAAGAGCGCAAGAGGUGGCGAUUCAAAACCGCCUGCCUUGUGUUUACCUGGUCGACUCUGGAGGAGCUUUCCUACCACUGCAGUCUGAGAUCUUUCCAGAUAAGAACCAGGGAGGAAGGACAUUCUAUAAUGAAGCCAUCAUGUCUGCCAUGAAGAUCCCACAGGUGUCAGUGGUGUGUGGGUCGUGCACGGCGGGUGGAGCUUACAUCCCCACUAUGGCAGAAGAGGCAGUGAUGGUGCACCGGAUAGGGACGAUAUUUCUGGGAGGACCACCACUUGUCAAGGCUGCCACAGGAGAGGAAGUGACACCAGAGGACCUGGGAGGAGCCAGGCUUCAUGCUGAGGUGAGUGGCUGCGUGGAUCAUUUUGCCUGGGAAGAAAAGGAGGCGUAUGAUUACACCAGAAACAUAAUUUCCACCCUCAACUUCCAACUGCCUGAGGAAGAGGAGGAGGAUGAGGAGAAGAUGAAGAAGAGGAGAGCUGAGGAGGAGCCACUGUACAGUUCAGAGGAGCUUCUGGGUCUCGCUCCACAGAGUUAUCACUACAGUCUGGAUGUGAAAAUGGUCAUCAGUCGGCUGACAGACGGGAGCCGCUUCCAGGAGUUCAAAGCUCGUUAUGGAACCACACUUGUCACUGGUUUUGCAAAGAUACAUGGCCACCUGGUGGGAAUAGUAGCCAACAAUGGAGAGCUGUCAUACCAGGCCGCCCUGAAAGGAAGCCAUUUUGUCCAGUUAUGUGACCAGAGAGACAUCCCACUCCUCUUCCUCCAGAACACAGCACCCACAGCAGCUCUAACACUCUCCAUAACACAGGCAGAGAUCAAUAGUAACCGUCUGAAGGCUCAGGGUUCAAUGCUGUCAGCUGUAGCAUGCGCCUCCGUCCCCAAAAUCACCAUGGUGAUUGGUGGUUGCUACGGUGCUGACAGUUAUGCCAUGUGUGGACGGGCCUUUGACCCCAAUUUCCUGUUUCUGUGGCCCAACGCCAAAGUGUCACUGACGGCUCCAGGUCACGCCCACUCCCUGCUUCCCCCUGACAGUGAGCAGGAGGAAGAGGAGAAGAAGAAGCAGGAGGACAACUUUAACAGAAGAUUAAAAGAGGAGAGCUCGGCUUUCUUCUCCUCUGGCAGGCUUUGGGACGAUGGAGUUAUUUUGCCUCAGGACACCAGGAAGGUUCUCAGAGACUGUCUGGACAUUAUCAAACAGCAGCAGUAUCAGCUUUCCACAGAAAAACUGCAAUCAACACUUCUACGUAUGUAGAGGCACUUCUCCCUCUGUGGACACUACAAACAUCUGUCCAUCACUUAGAUUUAACUAGUGUUUUCCAUUCAGUCUGGCUGCUGUUACCCAUUGCUCACCUUUACCAUUGUGUACUAAGAGGAUUCACACCAAACUGUCACCCAUAUUCAGUAUGACUGGAGACUGCAGGUGAUGAUGAGCAUUAUUGUAAAAGUGUAUCUUCACAACUUAAAUAACACACAUUUAGUCCAGUGGUUGGACAUUCUGAAUACCAAUUUGUGUUUGCACACAGAGAUUACCUCAUUGCCAAUCUUCUAAUGUCCACCACAGUCCUGACAGUGCAUGUUUUUAUCUCCAGAAACCAAUGGCUACCUCCAUACACCUUGUUUUUUUCCACAAAAGUCACCAUUCUGCUCUAGUUUUUAACAACAUCAGGAACUUUGAUAUCAAGACUUCACAGAACAGUCAAAACAAUUCAACUGAAAGAUGAAAGUUUAUUUACAGUAUUUACUGACUUUUUACUGACUAUUGAUGCAUGUUCAAAAAUGAUUACUAGAAGGAUAACCCUGGGCACUGUACAUGUAGGUAUUGCAGUUCUUACAGUUUUGUGGGCUUGAGUAAAGAUAUCUUGUUUAAUCAGGUAAAAGUGCCUCAUCAGGUCUUGGCCUUCAUUCAUACAUUAAGGUACACUACACCUUGACAAGGUGCUGUUUGAUUGUGCUGUAGAUAAAAGUCUACAUACAGCAGCCCACUGGUCUGUUUUAGCCUUAACCCAAAUCAGGAGAGAUCUUGUUUUUGUUUCUUUCUUUGUUUUUGUUUUUUUAAACAGAUUAUAAUGUGACAAAAAAUUAAAUCUGUCCAAAA